GGACUUUUGUUGAACAAGCAGGUUAUGAUUCGGAAGGGACUUUCAUUCAUACUGAGGAUGUUACCAAGGAGCAGUGGAAGGAGGUUUGUGGUGAGCUACGUCACAAGGUCGAGAUGAUUGAGAGGUCCAAAGCAGAGGUUAUGGGACUGGCAUCAAGAAGAAAGGUUAACUAUUAUUGAGCCUAUUGUAAGUCCCUCUCAAGGGACCUAUUAUAUGCAGAAUUUGGGUUUCUCGAAUAUCUUUGUGGGUGCUACUAAUAAAUUGUGGGUCAUGUGGGACUCUACAGUUUUUGAAGUUUUUUCAGUGGUUGAUAAUGAUCAGUUUUUGGUGAUUAAAAUGAUGCAUAUUCCAACUGAAUUUACUUUUGUGUUUUGCCCGGUUUAUGGUAAACAUACAAGGAGAGAGAGAAGUCAAUUGUGGAAUGGUUUGACUGCUUUUGCGAGGGCUGAUAACUCUCCGCGGGUGCUGGGUGAGACUUUAAUGUUGUGGCUUCUGUUAGUGAGUACAAAGGUCCGGCAGGUCCUCGUUUGGAAGAUAUGACGGUUGUGGGCUCAUGCAAAUAAAUUCCUUCUAUUGGGUCUUCCUAUACUUGGUCAGGAGUAAGGUCUAAUGGCAGAACUUGAGAAAGAUUAGAUAGAUAUCUAGCAAAUACAUACUUUUUGGAGAAUUUUGAGACCUCUAAUUAAGAUCCAACAUCUAAGUAGGACUCCGUCUGAUCAUUGUCCUAUUCUACUGAUUUGCGAGAGUGCUACUACUAGGGGCCCGAGUCAAUUUCGAUUGCAAAAUAUGUGGUUUACUAACUCGGAAUUCCUGACUUUUGUUGCCUUGAAAUGCGUUGAUUAUCCCAGAGCUGGUGGCAUGCAAGGACGGAUGUCUAAACUCAAAGCUCUGAAGCAAGAUCUAAGAAUAUGGAAUAAAAACAUUUUUGGAGAUGUUUUCAGGGAGACAGAGAGGAUGGAAAGGGAGGCGUUGGAGGCUGAAAAGGAAUUUGAAGAACACCCUACAGAGGCAACUAGAGCUUAUUGUCAUUUGAAACAGGCUGAGUAAUUAAAGCGUGCUAAGCAAAAUGAAAUUUUUUGGAAGCAAAAAGCUAAUGUAAAAUGGAUCAAGGAGGGGGAUGCGAAUACCAAAUUUUUUCACUCAGCUUUCAAAGAUAAGGUUCGUAGGCAGCACAUUAAAGCUAUUAAAAAACAGGAUGGUGAAUGGUGCUACGACGCUCAGGACUCAGGAGAUUGCGAGUGAAGCAGUACAUUUUUUUGAGAAUUUGUAUAAAUUCGUACCCACAGAGUCUUAUACGGAGAUUUUGGAGGCUAUCCCAGUCAGUUUAGAUGCGUUGGAUAAUGAAGCCCUUAUGGUUUUGCCUGAUGAACUUGAGGUUAGGAACGCAAUUUGGAGUUUGAUUCCAGAUGCAGCUCCAGGGCCCGAUGGGUUUGCAGGUCUUUUUACAAAGGAUGUUGAGAUAUUAUUAAAUGUGAUGUGGUACUUGCGGCUAUAAAAUAGUGUAUCUUUCUAAAAUAGUGCUAGGAAGGACAUAUAAAAUUCAUGCGUAUCUUUCUAAAAUAGUGUAAUUGCUUAGAAGAGAAUAAAUUCUAUUGAGAGUUGUUUAUUUAUUUGCUAUUAAGAGUUGUUUAUUUAUUUGCUAUAUUUAUCAUCUAUGGCCCACUUGUAAAUGUAGGGUCCUAGUUUCUAUACAUUGUAGCUAUAUAUAUGUGUGCAUGCAUUCCAUUUUACAAAAUGAAGAAAUACUAAGAGGACUCACUCUUGUACCUCCG